UCUGCCUGCCGCGGACGCGUGAGGUAACUCGGUCUAGGAAACCAACACCAUGGCGUCGGGUUGCAAGAUCGGCCCGUCCAUUCUCAACAGCGACCUGGCCAAUUUGGGGGCCGAGUGCCUCCGGAUGCUAGACUCUGGGGCCGAUUAUCUGCACCUGGAUGCACCCUGCUCUUCAGGGAGGCAUUUUGUUCCCAACAUCACCUUUGGUCACCCUGUGGUAGAAAGCCUCCGAAAGCAGCUAGGCCAGGACCCUUUCUUUGACAUGCACAUGAUGGUGUCCAGGCCGGAGCAGUGGGUAAAGCCAAUGGCCAUAGCAGGAGCCAAUCAAUAUACCUUUCACCUCGAAGCUACUGAGAACCCAGGGGCUUUGAUUAAAGACAUCCGGGAGAAUGGGAUGAAGGUUGGCCUUGCCAUCAAACCAGGAACUACAGUUGAGUACUUGGCACCAUGGGCUAAUCAAAUAGAUAUGGCCUUGGUUAUGACAGUGGAACCUGGGUUUGGAGGGCAGAAAUUCAUGGAAGAUAUGAUGCCAAAGGUCCACUGGUUGAGGACCCAGUUCCCAUCUUUGGAUAUAGAAGUUGAUGGUGGAGUGGGUCCUGACACGGUCCAUAAAUGUGCAGAGGCAGGUGCUAACAUGAUUGUGUCUGGCAGUGCCAUUAUGAGGAGUGAAGACCCCAGAUCUGUGAUCAACUUGUUAAGAAAUGUCUGUUCAGAAGCUGCUCAGAAACGUUCUCUUGAUCGAUGAAACCACAAGGAACCCAAUGUUUGCCCAUGGAACCCUUUGACUGCAAAACAGGAGUAUUGACUACCAAAUCACAUUGCAUUUGAGUGCUGCUUUUCUAACAGUUCUUCAUUCCAGUGACUCAGAUCUAUUGUGCAGAACAUUAAGAGGUUAGAAAUUGGUUAAAAAUUGGUCUGUAUAGAUACAUUCUUAGGGAUGAAAUGUUAAAAUUAAUAUAAUGAAAUAAUCCUGUUUUUCUUGGAAGAAUUGAUUUUUGUAAAGAGUGAAAAUAUGGCCAAAUUGGGAUUUCGAGUAGAAAUGUGUCUUAAUGCCUAAGGAAGGCAUAGUAUCUACUACAAAAGAUUUCUGUAAUUUUAGAAAGUGUUCAUUCUGUCAUUUCUGAACUAUUUUCCAAAAGCAAAGGAAGUCCUUGUCUAAAUCCUUUUUCUUUUUUCUUCUUUUUAGUUUAAUCUCUGUUAUGAUUUGUGUAUAUUCUUGCUAAGGAGAACUAAAAUACAUCUUUGGAUGGGAGGACAUGCAUAGGCUUGCAACUGAGAUGUUUAUUUUUCCACUUCUAGUCUUACAAUUGAUUCAUUAAAAACUGCGAAACCAAUGUAAGAAGCCCUAAGGUUCUAAAGUACAUGCACAAAUGUUACCAAAGUGAGGAGUCUUCUUAGUUAGAGCAGGUAGUAUAGUGAUUCCUCCCUGUCCCUGAUUUUCUCUUACCACGUUCUUAAAGAUGGGAAAUAGAAAGGAAAGAAAGCCUCUGUAUGGAAUUUAUAUUGACUCUGCCCAUAUGUAGCUGUUUGGUCAUACCAAAUCACCCACCAUUUUUACACUUAAACAUUUAUAUGUUACUAGAACUUCAGUAAUAUACAGACUUGUGCUGAGGAUUCCCACAUAAGUUGCCAUGUAUGUGGGAAGUUUCCAAUACUGUUCCCAGAAUUGAGAGUAGAAAGUGGCUGGCAUUAGGUAAUUUUAUGUUUUAUGUGCUAUAAAGCACCUUAGUAAACCUCUAAAUUAUUCCUAUAAGUAGUAAGACAUAUUUUUAUUGCAUUUAAAAUACAAAGAAAGUAAAGCUAAGGUUUCAUACAGUAAGGUAUUCAAUUUUAGGUAUCUAUUU